AUUGUCUGAGGAUAGUAUUGGGUCUAAUAGGUAAGUUAAACUUUGAGUGGGGAGAAAAUUAGAAAAGUGUAGAUUUUUGAGGAUGGACAAAGCAAAAUUUAUAGAAAGAAUCCAAAACUGAGAAAAUUUGUUCUCGCGAGGAAGAGCAAAAAUCAUAAAACCGAAUUCAGAAGAUCUUUUAGGGUUUAUUGAAGAAAUCUUCUUCACCGUUUCGAGCUCCGAAGAACACUUGCAACCAUGGCGAGCACCAAAGUUCAGAGGAUUAUGACCCAGCCUAUUAAUCUGAUUUUCAGGUUUCUCCAAAGUAAAGCUCGGAUCCAGAUUUGGCUUUUUGAGCAGAAAGACUUGAGGAUCGAGGGAAGAAUUACUGGUUUUGAUGAGUACAUGAAUUUGGUGCUGGAUGAGGCUGAGGAAGUGAGCAUCAAAAAGAAUACUAGAAAACAACUUGGAAGGAUUUUGCUUAAAGGAGACAACAUAACUCUGAUGAUGAACACGGGCAAGUGAUCUCUGUCCCAAUGACUGCUGCUGUGAGAGCUCUCCCAUUCUGGAUCUUGUAGAUUUCUCCGUAGGUGUCUAAGAGUUGUUUGAAACACGGUUGAAUUUAUUGUUUUUGUUUGGGUGAAAAAACAUUUAUCUUCAGAAAAGUCCUGACUGUCUCUUUUCACAACUAUGCAAGAAAGUUAAUUUUUUUUUUAUGAUUUUAGUUAA